UUAAUUGGGAUGAGCACGGAGAUCUGGUAUCUGACAAUAAAAUACAGUAAUGGUCAUGCGAAACAAUCAGACAGUGUUUGUUCCAAUUAUCGAACUUUGCUUUGAUUGAAUUGAUACUGUGGACCCGUUCAAUGAAAUUUUCACCGUUGAUUCAUCAAAGUAAUUUAAUGUCGUAAAAAUGUGGUUACUUCUACACGCAACUUUAUUCCUCCCGGUUUUAAUAAACGCGCUUCCAACAAACGUUGCGAAAUCCUCAUCGGUUUCAGCAAGUUUUGAAAGCAGUGCUGCCGCUCCGUUACUUUCCUUCGAUAAUGGAAACGUCGGUGUUAACUUCCUCGGUUACCACGCUUCUGCUGGUCUCGGGGGUCUUUUGACUGGAAACGCAGCUGAUGGGGGACUUCAUGCUGAAGCUGGAACUCCUUUCGGACAACAAGCCGGAGCUGGACUUGGAGGAACAGUAGAUGCAAGCGGCAGAGCUGCUGGCGGCUUGUACGCCGGAGCGACUUCCGGGGCGGGUGCUUCUGCCGGAGCAGGUCUCGGGGGAGCCACCGGAGCCUCCGGGUCAGUCGGGGGAUCAUUUGCCGGAGCUUCAUCCGGUGGUGUUGAAACCCACAUAACGAAAAUAUCGCACAAAGCUCCGGCCGUAGCCACAGGCAAGCUAACCGUAAAAACUUCAGCUCCCGUCGUCCACAAAGAAGUCGAAGUUGUUGCAACUCCAGUUAUCCACAAAGAAGUGGAAGUUGUGGCCGAACAACCCAAACCCCAAACAACUUACAUCGAAAGAACGGUUAUUCCUAACUACGUCGAGAAAAAAAUUCAAGUUCCUAGCUACGUGGAAAAGACAAUUCGAGUUCCUACAACCGUCGAGAAAACCAUAAGAGUGCCUGCGCAACCUACUGUUAUCGAGAAGGAAGUUUCGGCUCCUGCGUCGGUUGGAGUUCGGGGGAGUUACGCUGCUGAGGUCGAGACUGUGCCAAAAACAGUAACGUACGUGCAAAAAACUAAAGUACACGGACACCAUCACCCUCAUGUUCAUCAACGUGUACAUUAUAAGAAUGUUGGGUUUGGUGGAGGUGGCGGCGGGUUUGGAGGCUACGGGGGCGGUUUUGGAGGAUUUGGAUACGGCGGAGGGUACGGGGGUGGUUAUGGAGGUGGCGGCGGAGCGUCCGGAAGUUACACUGCCACUGUUACCAAAACUGCCAAUCCGCAAUUUUUCAAUGAUAUUUUUAAUAUCCCAAUCUCUACCCUAGGGGCGGUUAAUAAGUUAGUCAGUGGUAUUGCGGGAGGGGCUAGUGGAUCUCUUUCUGUGUCAAAAUCAGUUGGAGCUUCUGCAUAUUAAGUUCUUGAUAUGUGAUAUUUUAGUAUUUAGAAGUAUUUAAAUUUCAGAUGUACCUACAAAAUUUUUUACUCAAUAAAAUGGAAAAUAGA